UUUAUCUUUUUGAUAAUUUUCACUGUAACUUAAAAAACCCGGCCAGCCAGCCAGCCGUGGUAGUUCAGUUCUCAGUGUUUAGAUUAAAGAACAAAAAGCUAAAAAGAAACAUAAGAGAAAUCCGAACAAGCCGAUGUCGAGACCGAGAUCAUCUCUUUACAAAGAAACGGAGAUUGAAUUCUAAUCUAAAAAUGAAAGCUUUGAACUUGAUUCUUCAGUUUCUGUUAUUUCUUUUGUUGUUUUCUGUACACAAAACAGUCGCAGAAGGUGUCACGCCCGAGGAAGCCAAGCAGCUCAGAGAUGAGGUGCGUGAAAUGUUCUAUCAUGCUUUUGAUGGAUAUAUGGACCAUGCGUUUCCAUUAGAUGAGCUAAGACCUCUAUCGUGUGAAGGAGAAGAUACGCUUGGUGGUUAUGCCUUGACACUGAUUGAUUCUUUAGACACACUGGCUUUACUCAGAGACCGAGAACGCUUUACAGCCUCUGUUGAAUGGAUUGGUAAAAAUCUUCAGUUUGAUAUAAAUAAAACAGUUUCCAUUUUUGAGACCUCCAUCCGGGUCCUUGGAGGUUUACUUUCUGCUCAUCUUAUUGCAAGUGACUAUGCUACGGGCAUGGGAAUUCCUUCCUAUGACAAUCAAUUACUUGACUUAGCUGAAGAUCUGGCCCGGAGAUUAUUACCUGCAUUUGACACACCUACAGGAAUUCCAUUCGGAUCUGUUAAUCUAAAGUAUGGAGUUGAUGAACAUGAAAGCAAGAUAACAUCUACAGCUGGUGGUGGGACUUUGACCCUUGAAUUUGGAGUGCUAAGCCGUUUGACAAAUGAUCCUGUUUUUGAGCGAGUUACAAAGAAUGCUGUGCGAGGCCUAUGGGCUCGCCGUUCAAAGCUUAAUUUAGUUGGUGCUCACAUCAAUGUGUUUACUGGUGAAUGGACACAGAAGGAUGCUGGAAUAGGGACUAGCAUUGACUCCUUUUAUGAGUACCUUCUGAAGGCAUAUUUAUUGUUUGGAGAUGAAGAGUAUUUGUUCAUUUUCCAAGAAGCAUACAGUGCUGCUAUGCACUAUCUUUACAAUGAUCCUUGGUAUGUUGAGGUCAAUAUGGAUUCUGCUGCUAUUGUCUGGCCAUUAUUUAACAGUUUGCAGGCAUUUUGGCCUGGCCUUCAGGUUUUAGCCGGGGAUGUUGAUCCUGCUAUUAGAACACAUACUGCCUUCUUCAGUGUGUGGAAAAGAUAUGGAUUCACUCCUGAGGGUUUUAAUCUUGCUACACUUAGUGUUCAGCAUGGGCAAAAGAGUUACCCCUUGCGUCCCGAGUUAAUAGAAAGCACAUAUUGGCUCUACAAAGCUACCAGAGAUCCCAGAUAUCUGGAUGCUGGACGAGACAUGGUUGCUAGCUUGCAAUAUGGGGCAAGAUGCCCUUGUGGUUAUUGUCAUAUAUCAGAUGUUGAGUUUCACAAGAGAGAAGAUCACAUGGAGAGCUUUUUCCUGGCAGAAACAGUGAAAUACUUGUGGCUUCUUUUCGAUUUGGCCGUGGGUCCAGACAACCUUGUUGAAAAUGGACCAUACAAGUACAUAUUUACAACUGAGGGCCAUUUAUUGCCUGCAACUCCUCAAAUAUCUCUAGUGCAAGAGCAUUGUUCAUAUUUUGGGGCUUAUUGUAAUCAGGGUGACUUUAAACAUGAGCCUCAUGCAUCAGAUGUGUCUGCUGAUUCUCAAGAAACUAAUGGUAGCAGAGUUUCUGGGGGUUGGGUUCGCACUGGGUUUCCAUUGGACUCUUCUUAUCUUGAGGCAUCUCCUGUAUCAGGGCUGAUUAAGGGGCUUUGCCCAGGACUAACUCAUGGGCAGAAGUACGGCAUUUCAUAUCUGGCUUCAGUUGAUACAACUCAUGAAGAUAAUUCUGCAAAACAAAAAGAUACCCUGGUUCAAAGCCAUGCUUUAAUUGUUGUUUCUGACCAUAGUGCUAAUCAAUCACUAUCUGGUGACAACAAUGAUGACAAUGUUGAAGAAUCAAGUGAGAGGGAACCAGAGCAUGAUCCAUCUCAAUCAUGAAAAGGCUUCUUUGUGUCUAUAACAAACUACACAAUGAAACCAGGUCUCAGCUCUUUCCUAUGUGCUAUUUCCCCUGAACAAUCCGUGACAGUUACCGAUGAAUCUUGGCCGGUCCGAUCUGAUUUAGGCUUCUAACCUGAUGCUUACGACUGAUUGCCCUUCUCCGCUUUGACAGCAUGUAUACUAUAAUCAAUAGGUUCAAGCAAUUCAGCAACUGUCUAUAAAAUGAGUAUAUUUGAGGUUAGAGUUACAAAAUGCAAGAUGAAGCGGGUCUGCAUGAUCACUGUUUCUGUUCGUUAUGCUGGCUGUGAUGUGGAGAAAUGAAAAUGGGCACCUGUUUACUUACAAGAGCCCUUGUAACUUAGCAAAAUUUAACAGAACUUCUGUACAUUUUUUUUAUAGUUGCUCCCUAAGUACCAUUACAGUGGUGAGGCACUCAUCCGGGAUUGCUGGAAGACCAUAGUCCGGAAGUUGCUCGAGGAAGACAACCAGUUUAAUUGGAUAUCAUUUUGAUGCGGCCAUUGAUGCAGGGCUCUCAAAAGGGUCUCUUUCGUUUGAGGAAUUUAAUCUUGGAAAUGAUCACACCAUUGGAUUCAAACAAACUAUACUAAAACUAUAAAGAAAGUUUGGAUAGAUGAUGGAUUCUCAUAAUGUUUGAUUCUUUCUGUUAGAUGCAAUCAUAGGGAUUGGUCGAAUGAAGCCUAAAAUUCUUUGGUGUUAAAGAAUUUAAUGAAAAAAAA